AUGAUUCUUGGUGUUUUGGCCGCCGAGUCGUUCCCGUUUACCCGGAUUACUGUGCACGCCCCCUCACCAAACCUUCCUUUAACGCUCUUCUCUUCCCUCCGCCCCCGCCAUCUUCCCUCCCUUCCCUCCGUCCGCUCCCCAUCCGCACCCCCCCUCUCCCCGCCCACCCUUUUUCUCUCCCACAACCUCUCUUUCUCCCACCCAUCCUCUGUUUUCCCGCCCACCCCACUAACACUUCCCCCCCCCCCGCGCAAGUCGGUCGGCAAGGACAAGCGCGCUCUGAAGCUGGCAAAGCGGAAGCUGGGCACCCACCGCCGCGCCAAGGUGAAGCGCGAGGAGAUGCAGACUGCUCUGCGCAAGAUGAGGUCCGCCACCAAUGGACCAAAGAGGAGAGUGGGUCUUUUGAAACGCCUCAGCGAACCCCCCUUCCGCCCAUUGUCGUCCCCCAUUGCCCUGCACAAUCGCACACGCACACCCCCCUCCCCACCCCAUCAGCCGUAUGAAACCAAGGAUGUGAUUCAGUGGACCAAAGAGAAAAGGGACUUGCACAAUCUACCCUCCUUCCCCCCUUCCUCACUCCCCCACUCCUCUUCACUUUCCGUUCCCAUGCCCUUCCCCCCUUCAGCGUAUGAAACCAAGGAUGUGAUUCAGUGGACCAAAGAGAAGAGGGAUUCAUAUGAAACGCCUCAGCGAACGCCCCUUCCCCCCAUAUUUUCCCAUUGCCCUGCACAACCGCACACUUCCCUCCCCUCCCCUCACUUCCCUUUCUGCUACGCCCUCAAACCAUCAGCGUAUGAAACCAAGGAUGUGAUUCAGUGGACCAAAGAGAAGAGGGAGGAGAUCCGCGAGAGACCUAAGGAGGGGCUGGAUGGAUUGAUUACCAAGGGGCUAAAUGCUGCUGUGGACGUGGCCCAAUGGUAUGUCGACACGCGGGCAGACGUGGAAGAGCGCAUUCAUAAGUUCAACCAGCCGGCGUCCGACCGCCUCCUACCCGACCUCACUCCUCAAGAGGCGCAUGUCUAUACACUGGUGUUGGACUUAGAGGGAACCCUCGUGCACUCCGAGUGGAAGAGGGACCGCGGGUGGCGCACGUUCAAGCGGCCGGGCGCAGAGGCGUUUCUGGAGAGAAUGGCGCAGUUCUUCGAGGUGGUGGUGUUCUCCGACCAGCUCAAUUUGUCCGUCGACCCCAUAUUGGACCGGCUGGACCAGAAGGGGUGCAUUCGCUACCGGCUGUACCGGGACGGGACACUUUACACUGAUGGGAACUACGUGCGGGACCUUACAAAGCUCAAUCGCGAUCCCAACAAGGUCAUUUACAUCAGCUCUCUGCCAGAGUCAGUGCUUCAGAAGGAGAAUCUCGUCCCUCUAUCGGCAUGGAAGGACACGGGAGCAGACACAGCUCUCCUAGACCUGCUGCCAUUCCUCGAAUGUGUAGCACGGCAGCGGCCGGCAGACAUUCGGGUGGUGCUGCAGUCGUAUGAGGGUCAGGACAUUCCCACGGCCUUUAAAGAGCGCUCUAAGCUCAUGCAAAAGCAACUUCAAGAGAGGAAGCAGCAUGGGAUUUUCCGGUUCGCAAGGGGUGGGUCCUGA